CUGGGGGGGAAUGUCCCUAGCCCUCACCCUCCGAUCCAACAGGCCCCAGAUGUGCUCAAUGGGAUUGAGAUCCGGGCUCUUCGCUGGCCAUGGCGAGGGCCAGCCGGGCCCCAGUCAACCUCCAGCCCCUCCAAGAAGUGGCGAGGGCCAGCCGGGAACCAGUGGACCUCCAGUGCCCCUCAGACAUGGUGAGGAACGGUUUGGCCUCAGCGGACCUCUGGGGCCCCCCAGACCCCAUGUUGCAUCCUCACCUGAUCAGCCGACCUUUGUGGUUUCUUCUGGGUAUCCUGCCUUGGAGACAUUUCUGAGUCUGCCUGUCUUGCCUGGACCCCCCGGGUCCCCAGGUCCUGCAGUUGCUGUGUCAGUGCGACCCAUAACAGACACUCUUACCCACGCCAUGCUGGUGUUAGAUGUGAGUCGUAAGAAUGUGGUUGUUUGCUUUGUUUUCAAUGGUGGGAAUUUAGUCACAAAAAUAUGUUGAAAUUAAGUGUCCAGUAUAUUGAAAUGAAAUGCGUCCAUCUUAUCUACCUGCUGUUUUUGUGAGACAGAAAGAUGAAUGAAAGUCAAAUGAAUAGUUUUGUUUGUGUUAUGCCUGUGAUAGUAUUUAACUGCAUGGCAGUACAUUUGUGUUAUAGAUAACCCCAGACACCCUGGUGACAUUGGACAUCUCCCAACUUUAGGAACAUUUCAAAUAGAACAAAUCUUCCUAUUUGUAUUUUGUUAUUUUGGUGGUUAAUAUAGGGCAGACAGACAUGUUCUCUACUUUCUCCCCUUUUCACUUGCCUCCUUUUUUUUGCAGUAAUGCUGCAUUCACUUGGUUGCGUGUAUGUAUACAUCCUAUUCAGAAUAUUGUUCAUAUUUAAAAAAAAUGUCAUUACUUGAAGGGCUGUGAAAACAAUGAAAAUGUCAUAAUAUAUUUAGGGAUGCAAAACCCAGAUUCGAAUCAUGUGUUGAUCUAUUGCCAUGGACGUAGCAUCUUCCUUUCCCAAUCCAUUGGAAAAUGACUUUAAACUGCAUGUUUCUCAUUUGAUGAUUUAGGACAGGGUUCCUCAACUGACUGUGGUUUUAUUUUACACCUCAAGUUUUCUGAGCAUCAAAAUUAUAUACAGUGCCUUGCGAAAAUAUUCGGCCCCCUUGAACUUUGCGACCUUUUGCCACA